UGGCCUCCGUGUCAGUCACAAGGUCCGAGCGCCUCCAGUGGACGUCCCGCCUUCGCCUCCCCUCACUUCUUCUCUCCCCCUGCGCCGCCGCCCUUCCCCCGUCCCGGCGGCCACUUCCACCCGAGUGGCUUCAUGCUCGGCACCUCGCCAUGCAGAACAACAACGCCGCCAAGGAGCACCUGUACAAGAUCCUGGUCAUCGGGGACCUGGGGGUGGGCAAGACCAGCAUCAUCAAGCGCUACGUGCACCACAACUUCAGCCCCAACUACCGGGCCACCAUCGGCGUGGACUUUGCCCUCAAGGUGCUCAACCUGGACCAGGAGACGGUGCGCCUGCAGCUGUGGGACAUCGCAGGCCAGGAGAGGUUCGGCAACAUGACCCGGGUGUAUUACCGCGAGGCCAUGGGCGCCUUCAUCGUGUUCGACGUGACGAGGCCCGCCUCCUUCGAGGCCGUGGCCAAGUGGAAGGAGGACUUGGACUCCAAGGUGACGCUGGGCAACGGCAAACACGUCGCCACCGUGCUGCUGGCCAACAAGUGUGACCAAGGCCGGGACGUCCUCACCAAUAAUGGACUCAAGAUGGAGCAGUUCUGUCACGACAACAACUUUGUGGGCUGGUUUGAGACCUCCGCUAAGGAGAACAUCAACAUCGACGAGGCCGCCAACUGCCUGGUCAAGCACAUCAUCUCCAGCGAGAAGGACAUGUUUCAGUCCCAAGUCCCGGACACGGUCAGCCCUCAAUUGGAGGCGGGGCAAGGCGGGACCUGCUCCUCCUGCUUCAGGUCGCAGUAACGCCAAAGAAUGUUCACCUUCUUCACAGCUCCACCUGGUGGAAGGAGGAGAAGAUGUGUGGAGGAAAGAAGGAUGGAUGCAGGCAAGGUGCGUUACCAUGGCGACGCAUGAACAUUCUGUGAACACUAAUACAACACAAAUAUUAUUAUUAUUACGCUGCAAUAUUUCUACAUCCACAUUUUAUUUAUACAUGCAAUUAGUUAUAAAUGAUCUUAACAGUUUUUCAGUUCCUUCCCUAAAUAAUUGUUUUUUUGUUUAUCUGCUGUUUUUUUUGUUUUUUUACUGUAUUCAUAAUUUGUAAUAUUUGUAAUUAUCUAUCCAUCUCUACAAAUAUGUACAUAUUGUAUUCUAUACAACCAAAGAUGUGUCCACUUAUCAACAUGAAUAAAGCAUAACAUUCCU